AUGGGUGGUGGAAAUGGUUGGUGGAAAACUGGCACUGGUGGCUGGAACAUGGGUGGUGGAGGAGGCUGGAAGGCUGGAGGUGGCGGUGGAGGCGGCGGCUACGGAGGAGGAGGAGGGGGCGAAUCUGAUGGCGGUGGAGGCGGAGGCGGGAACAUCGUCGUGGCUGAGGGUGGUGGCGGUGGCGGUGGCGGGGGCGGGGGCGGCGGCGACGUCGUGAUCGAAGGAGCAUACGGUGGCGGCGGCGGAGGAGGCGCCGACUACGACAUCACUGACGGUGGUCCUUGGUGGAACCGCUAG